AUGGCAGCUUUAAAGAAAGCCGAAAUCGACUCUCUAGUCAAAAAGCGAGAAAAGUAUUAUGCAAGGUUACAAGCUCUCUAUGACGUUGUUGAUAAGACUCUCAAAAGGUUCUGGGAGGUAGAAGCUGUUCAAAAUGUGAAGUAUCCUAGUCCAGAUGAUAUUGCAGUUGAAUCACAUUUCACAGAAACACAUAUCAGAGAUAAAACAGGCCGCUAUGUCGUAUCGUUACCAAUGAAACCUGAUGCACCCAACCUACCGAACACAAGAGAUAAGGCAGAGAAACGACUUAUCAGCCUAGAGAACAGAUUAAAAAGCAAACCAGAAACCUAUCUGGAGUAUAGAGAGUUUAUGGAUGAUUACCUAGCUCAAGGUCAUAUGAGUAUCACCAGCAACCCCUCACCUUAUAUAAUUCCCCACCAUUGUGUAAAAAAUGAGAACAGUAGUACAUCAAAGUUGAGAACAGUGUUUAAUGCGUCUUUUAAGCCCUAUGCAAAUUCCUCUUCCCUCAAUGAUAUCCUGUAUAGUGGACCAAAGCUGCAAAGAGACAUAGGAGAGAUAAUAACUAAUUUUCGCCUACAUGAAAUUGUUGUGUGUGCCGAUAUAAAACAAAUGUAUAGGCAAAUCGUUGUGAAUCCCACAGACCGAGCAUUUCAGCACAUAUUCUACCGCACAAAUCCCAAUGGAGAUAUAGAUGAGUACGAGCUGAACGUAUUGACAUAUGGUGUAACAUCUAGUGCUUAUUUGGCACAAAGAGUAUUACUGCAACUGGUUGAAGAUGAAGGCAAAAGAUACCCACUCGCCUCUCAAGCUAUCACUCAUCAAACGUUUGUGGAUGAUAUUUGUACCAGUGUUGAUUCUCCUCAAGAAGCACUUCAGUUACAGCAGGAACUAAUUACACUUCUGGGAUUGGGAGGAUUCACCCUAAGAAAAUGGGCCAGUAAUUGCCACCAAAUAUUAGACAGCGUCCCGCUUGAUUGUAGAGAAAAUCCCCUCGCCCUACGCUCCGAAGACGACUCUGCUGUUAAAGUACUUGGAUUACAGUUUGAUCCCGCUGAAGAUGUAUUUUUCUAUGUAAUUAAACUGAACCCUGUAGUUUGUACCAAGCGCUCAAUGCUUUCUGAGAUUGCUAAAAUUUAUGAUAUUUUAGGAUGGAUAACACCCACUACGUUUUAUGCCAAACAUAUCAUGCAGAGCACAUGGUUAUGUGGACUAGAGUGGGAUGACCCCCUACCAGAUGAACUUCGCAGUAAAUGGACAACAUUUAUUUCAACCCUUUCAAGUCUUUCAACCCUAAAGAUACCUAGAUUCAUCCCUACAACUCCUCACAGCACAAAUCAGAUAAUAGGAUUCUGUGACGCAUCUGAAAAGGGCUACGCAGCAAAUAUCUAUAUACGAACUGAAACCUCGGAAAACAUAUCAGUACAUCUUAUCAAAGCGAAAAGUAAAGUUGCCCCACUCAAAACAAUGAGCAUUCCUAGAUUAGAACUUUCUGCUGCUCAACUACUAACAGAAGUUGUAUUAUCUAGUACGCAUCUAACCCAGACUGUUGACCCCCAGAAUAUCAUAUUGUUUUCUGACUCAGCCGUUGUUCUUAUGUGGUUAAAAACUCCUCCUUACAAGUUAAAAACAUUUGUCGCAAACAGGGUUGUAAAUAUACUUGAGUCAACUAAUCCAAAACAGUGGCACCAUGUAACAUCUAAAGAAAAUCCUUGCGAUUGCGCAUCCCGCGGCUUGACACCUGAAGAGCUUGUAAAUUUUGACUUGUGGUGGAAAGGACCUCAAUUUCUGUACACUCCCUUUGAUUCGUGGUCAUUACACCGUUCAUCUGAAGAAGAAGUAGAGAAGUUGCCAGAGAUUAGAAAAGAAUGUUUAUCUACAACAGUUGAUAACCAAAACAGCAUUGUAUUAGAAAUGCUUGAAAAAUAUUCUAGCCUGAGUAAAGCUAAAUUUGUAAUUUCUUAUGUAUUAAGGUUCAUCAAUAACGUCAAAAGUAACGCCAAAGGUAUAGCUAAGAAACAAGGACCAAUAUCACCUCAGGAAUUGGAACACACAUUAUCUCUCUGUGUAAAGACUACACAACAACGCUAUCUCUCAAAAGAUAUUUCUGAUAUGAAAAAUAAUAAACCAUGCUCUAAGAGAUAUCGCUCUUUGGCUUUAUUCAUUGAUGAAAAUGAUUUCGUCAGGAAAUUUCUAAAAGACAACAAUCAAGACAUAGCACAUCACCUAGCUUCAAAAGAAAUUAAAUGGAAUUUCAUCCCGCCGGCAGCACCCCAUUUUGGAGGCCUUUGGGAGGCUGCAGUCAAAUCAGCAAAACGUCACCUCAUCCGAGCUAUCGGUACCCUGAUAUUAACAUAUGAAGAAAUGUACACCUUACUGACAAGAAUUGAAGCCAUUCUGAAUAGUCGCCCAAUAGGAGCAAUGACCACUGACCCAAAUGAUGGAGACUACCUAAGCCCUGGACACUUCAUUGUAGGAACGCCGUUGUUAUCACCACCUGAAGAGGACUUCACGGAAACUAAGAUGAAUCGUUUGGAAAGAUAUCAACUCCUACAACAAGCUGCACAAUCGUUUUGGAAGCAAUGGUCUCAAGACUACCUACAAACAUUGAUACCCAGGAAUAAAUGGACUACAUCACAGCCAAAUCUUCAAGUCGGAGAUGUUAUAUACCUUCAAAACAAGGACAGCAGCCCUCUGGAAUGGCCUAUUGGAAGAGUGAUUGAGACAUACCCCGGACCAGAUGCUACAGUUAGAGCCGCAAAGGUUAAGACACCUCACGGAAAAUAUAAUCCCCUCAUCUACCCGCUCCUGGAGAAGAUUCACCCAUUCAAAGACUGUCCACCCCUGGUGAACUUCGCUCCCCGCUUCAGUCUACCGUCAGGCAUCUCUACCAAACCCAAGGACUCAAAUCUCAAGUAA